CGAAUUUACAGAGUCGAAGCAUGCCAUGAACCGUCCAGUAGGACCGGAGUAGGCUCCACAAAAAACGAAAUGCCCCUGGGAACGACAGCACUGGAUUUAGUGCAAGGCAUCACCGAGUACAGCAGUCGCAUCGCGCUGAAGAUGCUCUUCACGCAGUUCGGUGAGGUCACGGCAUGUUGGAUACCUCCACUGGAGCAUCGGAGCAACGAGCGAGCGUAUGUCAAAUUUGGCACCACCAAAGCAGCGCAGGCGGCGUUUGAGGCUUCUCAAGCCGGGCAACUGUUCUUGGACGGUGUGGCCCUGAGAGCUGAGUGGCGCAUGGCACCGGCGAGGACGCAGGAUAGUCGUGACUUUGAAGCUCGAGGGAGUAACCUGAUGACGUCUCGAGACUUGAUGCGGGCUCAGAUGAGGGAUGGAGGAGGAGACGACAGGAAGGGCGGUGGAAAGGGCCGACGCGAUUUGGACGGCGGCGGGUCUCGCGCGCUGAUGAUGGAUCGUGUUGGACGCUCCCGGAGAAACGAUGACCGAGAGCGUGACAGGGAGAAAGACAAGAAGGCCAAGGAGCGAGAGAGAAGUCGCGACAGAGAUCGGAAACGAAAAAGCCGGAGCCGUAGCCGCGACAAGAAAAAGCGGCGGGAGCGAUCUCGCAGCAAGAAGCGCUCAGAGGAACGGCCAGCUUUGCAGGAUGGGGCAGUUGCCAUCGAAGACGAUGAGACGACCACAGCUGUCAUCUAACUGUCUGGCGUGCUUCUGACGUUUGCGGAGGUAAAA